CGUACGAUAAUUUUGUUUCUUCCCGUCGACAAGAGAGACCUCUGUCCCCAGUCGCCGAUCUGCACUGUUUUGUUCUUCUUGGAAUAAUUUCUCGAUUUCUUGUGACUGAUGUCAAGACGACGCGCGCGCCUCUUCCCGUCUGCGUAUCUCCAAUUGGCAACCUCAACUUAGACACUGUGAUUGCUGUGCUGAUGGUCGCAAACAGAGCCCCUGGCGAUGGGCAUCACGAAACCGCCAUAAUGCUGGAUUCUAGGUCAUCCUCUGGUCGCGAAACCGAACCCCAGCUGGACUGGGCUUCAGAUACUCGGAAAAACCAGCGUCGAAAUAGGAGGCAGCUAACCUGGUCAUGUUUCCUGACACUUUGCUGUCUUUCCACCCUGGCCUUAGCUGGCCUAUUCUUUUUUCGGCUAUCUCGCGAACAGGCGCAACUACCUAGACCUGAACACCACGAAAUAAACACUGGAGCAUCAAUCAUCUCAUCGAUUGCUGCACCAUCUCAGACACAAUCUCAUGAGGACGAAAACAAACCAGAGACUGCGCUGGUGUCAUCUGACCAACUCGACCUGAAGACAGGGUUCAUAAUUUCAGAAAAACCGACAAUACGAGACUAUGUGUUUAAUAUUACUCGUGAGCUUGCUGCCCCGGAUGGAUUCCAAAAGUCAAUGAUCCUUGUCAAUGGCCAGUCUCCGGGGCCACUCAUUGAGGCUAACACGGGCGAUGUCAUCCGCGUUAUCGUCAACAACAAGAUGCCAGAAGCCAGCACUACCAUCCAUUGGCACGGUAUUGACCAGAGAAACACGGUGUGGAUGGACGGCGUCCACGGCGUAACGCAGUGCGGUAUACCCCCCGGAGAAAGCUUUACGUAUGAGUUCAACGUAACCGACCAACGAGGAACCUUUUGGUAUCACUCCCAUUCAUCAGUUCAAUACACCGACGGUCUUUAUGGCCCAAUUAUAAUACACAGUCCUGAUGAGAAUAUUUCUCUGAUAGAUGACGAUAAGAUAGUUAUGGUCGGAGAUCUGUUCCAUGAGCAGGCAGAACAACUCUCAUCCGAAUACCUGGGUGAAUCGCCGUCCUGGAAUCCCGGAAGGCCGGGUAUGGAGCCGCCUCCAGACAACAUUAUCAUGAAUGGCCAGCAUGUUUUCAAUUGCUCGAUAUUACAGAACACGGGGUCCAGCUCUAGACAUUCUAUGUCCACAGAUUGCACCGGUGGCUCACUAUAUGCGACGCGCAUCAAAACUGGACACCAAGUCCGUUUCAGACUGAUCAGUCACAGUACCUCCACACCACUCUAUUUCACGAUUGACAACCACACUUUAAUGAUCAUUGAGAUUGACGGCGUGGAAAUAGAACCAAUUCCGACAACCCGAGUGUUCUUAAACCCUGGACAGCGCUACUCGGUAUUGGUCACAGCCAACCAAACUGUCGGGAAUUACAUGAUGCGCACGGCUGCGGCCACGGGGUGUUUUCACCUCGCCCACGCACACGACGGCACCCCGGGACUUGCUAGCAUCCAAUAUGAGGCCACGGGGAUCUUGUCAUAUGAUGACACAGAAAUCAGUGCCAAGCUCAUCGGCUCGUCCUGGGAGUUAGGGGACAUGUCCAAUCCCGCCUUCGGCAGUGAACCUUGGCAACGCGCUUGCAGAGAUUUACCUUUUGAUAUCCCUCGUCCGAUGGAGAAAAAGAAGGCGUACGACGUUGGUGAGAGAAAUCACCAUUACUUUUCGUUUCAUCAAGAAAUGGUUGAAGGCGUGUACCGCACUUACGUCAAUAAGACAAUAUUUGCUCCUUUGCAAGAUGACGCGACCAUCUGGAAAGUUCUCCAACCUGGUAUGGAGUCCAAAGACAUUCAUGCCAAGGGGAUGGGAUGGGACUUUGGACCAAACCAACAAGUCCUUGUCUCCCAAGAUGCAGAUAAAGCCGCACAGAUUGUCAUCAACUCCGAGACUAUGAUGAUUCAUCCAUGGCACCUUCACGGUAUGUUUUUAAAUCAACCACCUUUCUUAAUACGCUCAUGGUGGUACUGAUAUAAAGCUGCAGGUCAAAACUUUCAGGUCGUUGGGUGGGGUGAUGGUGUGUUUGGAGAACGCGACACGACUUGGAACUACGACAACCCAAUGA